GCGCCAAGCAAUUUCCUGUAAAGAUCUCCCCACGAGAUGACUGGCGCGCGAGCACGCUAGCCGUUAUACGCUGAAACGAUCUUCUUUCCAGACAAGCCAAAUCAGGCACACCAGCUCGGCCGCAGCCGCACUGGACCAGCUCUCAGACAUACGGUAUGAACUGCUAGCACCAAGAUCGGCGUCGCAGCCCGCCAGUUGGGCGGGGAGACCAUCCCAAGGGGUCGGGCAGGAGGCAGGUCAAGCCGGGUGCGACGACUGAGACGUCGGGUUUAAAAAGGACCACGAUGCCCUUUCCUUUCCGUCGACUGGAGAAGGACAUCCAGCACAUCUGCACUCCUCAUCUCCAGUCGCUCUCUUUUGUGCACUACAGUGUACCCUCGGUGGACACAGCCGCUCGUUAGCACUUCGUUCUCUACUAGGGCGCCUGGACCCUACCAGCCCCGUCACGUUUCGACCAAACCCGCGCAAAUAUGCUCUUCUCUAAGCUCGCCCCGGCCCUCGGGGCCCUUGUUGGCCUCGCGCAGGCCUCCCCUGCCCCCCUCAAUGUCGUAAACGCUGCCCGGCAGGGUGACCUCGAGGUCCGGACCAUCAAGCCUUGCGUCUUCAACACGGCCAAGGCCUGGCAGCACGAGACCCUGUUCGAGGGUAUCUGCGGCGCCGGCAAGAACGGCGGCCCUCCCGAGCGACUGGGCCUGCACAUGCCCAAGGCGGCCAUGUCGGGUGACAUCCAGGUCGCCAUGAUGGACAAGUUUCUGGCCGAGCCCACUGUCCGGCUCGACCUGGGCGGCCUCGAGGCCUACUUUGAGGUGGAGAUCGACGCGUCCGCCAGCCUCUACCAGACCGUCGAGCUCAUGGCGUCGGGCAAGCUCGACCUCGGCGUGCCCGGCCUGGCGCGGGUCAAGGUCGGCGCGGCCUUUGCCCUGGAUCUCGUCGUCGGCGUCUCUGCCGCCAUCGACGUCAAGGCCGGCUUCUACGUCAAGUUCCCCAAGGGCUGCUUCGCCGAGAUCAGCACCGUCGAGCAGAAGAUCGUCAGCCACUCCUUCGAGGGCCUCAUCGCCAAGCCCAUCCAGCCCGAGGUCGGCGCCCACGUCGACCUCAGCGUCGCCAUCGACCUGACCCUCGGCCUGCGCCUGCGCGCCGCCGUCGGCAUCGAUGCCAGUAUCGGCCUCAAGGGCCUCGACAUCGGCGUCGGCGCCGGCGUCGCCGUCUGGGUGAACCUCUUCAGCUGCACGCACGCGCUCGUCAAGACGUCGGCCUGCCCGGUCCAGGUCGAGGAGAAGCUCGCCCUGAGCGCCGGCGUCGCCCUCAAGGUCGACGUCUCCGUGGGAGAGUGCCUCAAGCUGGAGCUCGCUCCCGCCGUCUUCGUCACCCUCUACGCGGCCGAGUCCGUCGCCAUCUGCUGCCCCCUGCGUCACCCCGAGUCCGGCAGCGGCUCGUCUGGCAGCGAGUCUGGCCCCAGCCCCAGCCACGGCCCCAGCUCAAGCCUUGCCGCUCUCCCCUCUGCAUCGGGGACUGGCGCUUUCCCCUCCGCUGGAUCCGGCACCGGCCUGGCCCCGAUCCCUGUCGCCACCACCACCGGCUCAGGCCCCGGAAACAACGUCCUGCCUUCCAAGCCCAUCACCUCGGGCCUUUCCGCCGGCACCGCUGCUCCUGACGCGUCAGCCGACAUAUCUUCUUCUCUGGCUCCCGCCGAUAUCGCCGAACCGUCUGCCACGACCGCCCACACCGGCCUCCCGACCGGCGGCAGCGCCAUCUCCGGCGCCGCCCCCACCACGACCAUGCCCGCCAACGUGACCAACGGCCUCGUCACUUCCACCGUCCGCACCACCAAGACGUACACCAUCACGUCGUGCGUCGCCUCGGUGCCCAACUGCCCGGCCUCGCUCACCCAGAAGAUCGUGACGUCGACCGUCAUCGCCACCACCACCGUCUGCCCCGCCACCAUGACGGCCGCCAACGCCACCGCCGCGGUGCCCAUCAGCAGCACGGCCGCCACCAUGACGGCCAUGGUCCCCGUCCCCACCGUCUCCGUCGUCACCGUGACCCUGACCACCUGCCCCGUGCCCGUCACCUCGACCUUCACGCCCCCGCCGAACUGCCCGACCCCGGAGCCGACCGUCACCAUCACCGACCACGUGCCGGCCGAGACCAAGACCGCCCAGAAGCCCCACCACCACAAGUCCAAGACCUCGGUCGGCACCGGCUUCCCCGCCCCGACCGGCGGCGACUACCCGGUCCCCACCACCCCGGGUCCUUACCCGACUGGCAACCCCGCGCCCCCGACCGGCGGCGCCGCUUCAGGGUCUGGUGGUCUGCCGACCCCGCCCAAGUCGACCGUCCCUGCCUCCCCCGUCGCUGCCAGCGCCGGCCGUGCCGUUUUUGGCGGCUUCGCCAUGGUCCUUCCGGUGCUGGCCAUCCUUCUGUAAAUCGAGGGAUGGUACCCGAGUGUAAUGUCAGGUGUGGAUAUUGGCUCGUAACUGUCACAACGUUGAUGUAGUCAAGCAUCUAUAUCCCCAGACUCCAUAGUAUAAAAUCUAAUUUGUGUCUUUUCGCGAUUGGUUGCUUGCUCCGUGGUGUCAGUAAAAC